UUAAGAAUGAACUCAUUUUCAAUGGAUCUACAACAUGACUAUGUGAACUUUACUCAACGUAUAUACCAAAUAGAUUUGGUAAUUGGUUUACUCUUUUCAUUUUAGAUCUUAUGGUGUGAGGUUACAACGUUAACAAUCGAAAUUCGUCUUCCUGGCAUCCUUCCGUGGUUUCCUGUUAUUUCAUCUGAACGUGUACGUGUUUUUUAUAUUAUUUUGCGGUUGGAUAACACCAGAAGUGAUACCAUGCAGACCUCCUGCAUGAGUGACCAUGAUUUGUGCAUUUCUGUACUAAAUGCCGUGUUUAAAAACUGUUGAUGUAAAGUGUGUCAAUACCUCUGACCAGGAGUUGUAUAUAAUACUGCUGGUACCAGACCUAGUACAGUUGAAAAUAGUUGAAAUAGGUGCCAGAAUAUAAGUGCUAUAAAAGUGGAUAUUUUAAUUUAAAAAUUACUAAUGUUUUUCCAUCUAUAGAAAGAACUUAGUCCAAUUGAAAAUGCAAUAAACACAGUAACGUCAAAAACUCAUGAACUACAACGUAAUAUUGAAGAGCUUCAAGAGGACGAUAGGAAGAAUAUUAAUCCAUUAAGCAUGCAACUUAAUGGUGUUAUAGAUGCCGCAGUUAAUGGAGGAAUUUUGAACUACAAAAAGGUAGGCCUAAGAUAUGUUUAUAAAUAUUAAUUGCAUGGUUAAUAUAGUGGAGACCAUCAUAUCAAAACAACACGGAAAGUCACAAGUUGUGUUAGGUGGAAAUCUAAAGCUGUUGCAGCUGUUAUUUCAAUAUCUGAAUUAAUAUAAUGAUGUUUUAUUAGUCUUCUGAACACUUGAAUGACAUAUUUUCUGAUUUGCCAAUCCUGCUUUAUAGCUUGGUAAUAAUUUAGCGGUUGGGGGGUAAUUAAUGUACAUUGAAUUGUUUCGUAUUUUAAUAGUCGCGUUUUCCAUUACAUAUAUUUGCGCAAGUCACUUUUAAUGUUGUCGAUUAAUUUGUAGCAGUCUUUUUGCACUUGCAAGUCUAAUUUUAAAAACAAAAAUUAGUGUUGAAGAGAUCAGAAGACCUUUCACAACGCACACAGUAUUUACACAAAUUUUAAAUUAACAAAAAAGGUUUGGAAAUUUCAAUUUAGUGGACAUUUUAGAAUUGUGUAUACUUUUUUAUAAAGCCUAUGUAGUAGAAGGUUAUUAUACUGAACAAAUUAAUCUUUUUAGGCGUUUUUCACACCAGAAAAUGCUAGAACAAAUCCUCUACGUAAAACCAAAGUCGGUCAUUUGGAAAGAGUGUUACUUGAACAGGUAAAUGAUAAAUCUGAAUAUUAUGUAUUAGUAUAAUUACAUAGGUGAUUAUUGAAAAUUCUCCACGCUGAUUGGUUACCGUUGAGGUGAUUAGUACGCGAUAAUCACCUAAGCGAUUUUCAAAAUGGCGGCCGAAGCCGUUUUGUCAAUUAAAAGACGAAGAAAUGUGCAUUUUUAAAUUUUUUUCCAAAUAAUCACCCAUGAAAUUAUACUAAAAGAAUUAUUCACCUCAGGCUCGCGGUGAUUAUCGUGAAUAAAAACCUCGACUUCGUCUCGAUAUUAAAAUCACCUCGCCUUCGGCGAAUAAUUGUUAAUUAGCGUGUACUCGGAAGGUGGAUAAUGCUUUUCGUGCAAUUUGAUUGGUUGCUCAGCUUCGGAUAUCCUUGCACUAUUCACCUUCAGACAAAAACAAAAUGGCUCCCCGUUUCGUUCCGGUUAUACAGACGAGCAACUUUUUGUAUUAAACAAAGCCGCGGUUUUUUAUUUAACAAUGUCUAAAGGUAUUCUUUAAAGCUAUUUCUAUUAAUGAAUAAAAUAACUAAAAGCUUUAAAUAAAUACUGUUUUGAUUACAACUAUUAUGGGAACUGUAGUGGUCGGUUUUGUUAGGGUAUAUGCAUGCUAUGGAAAUUAUUCACCUCAUUUUCGGUGAAUAUAGUCCAAGGAUAUUGUACUAUUGACCUCCACUUCGGGGAAUAAUUGUUAACGAACUUUACUAAACCUAAUGAAAUAAGAAUAAAAAGCGCUACACGUAGUCGUAGUGUUUUGUCAAAUUUAUUAUGCACCUGUCAAUAUUAGUCCUGUCCCUACGGUAUCAUUCGGCAGCAGAUGUCAGUCAAAUGUGCAUGAUAAAAUGACCCACUGCAUGUUAGGCACAAAAUAUAUGUCAAAUACGUAACAAGCUAUCUAAACAGGUGUGGAGUAUUUGAACAACAUAUUACAGGAUUCAAGAUGGCGCUCGGUUAAAAUAUCCCCCAUUGGAAAGAAAAGAACACCAGAUUUCCGAUAGUGAAGGGCCGACAACUAAUAUGCCUGACAUCCCCCGCGCCCUCCCUGUGGCUUAACUAAACAUUGAUUGAUAGAUGCAUUGAUCAGAUUGUUAAAUGUAUCUAUGUGCUAGGCUGGUGUGCUUCGACGUGGCCUGAUUCUUCAUGAAUCGAGAAUUUCACCGGAUCUAAGGCCGCUCCACGAAAGAAUGCUAUAUCAGUACAACAAGAUGCUGGACGAUUUACCUGGGGAUACUCGUGCGGUAAGCUUAUUAUUUUGCCAAGCAUUAAUUGAAUGGACCUUUCACCUUUUGACUAAAAUUUAGAUCUCAACAAGUCUAGACAAAAAUUUCAUCACAACUUGAAAGAGCAUCGCAAAAUUAGUAAUGUUCCAAAGUUUCGUUGCGAAAUGUUGUAAAAUGCGGAUAAUAUAUUAUAGCCUUGCGAAGUUUGCAAUUUUCAGUCAUAUUGUAUUACGGGCGGGAAAUACAUACCCUUUUUCCGAAGGCCGGGUAUGUAUUUCCCGCGCGUAAUACAACAUGACUGAAAUUGCAAACUUCGCAAAGCUAUAUUAUCCGCAUUUUACAACAUUUCGCAACGAAACUUUGGAAUAUUACUAAUUUUGUGAUGCUCUUUCAAGUUGUGAUGAAAUUUUUGUCUAGACUUGUUGAGAUCUAAAUUUUAGUCAAAAGGUGAAAGGUUCAUUGCAUUGCAUUGUACACGUGCAGUAUCAUGGUAUACAAACAAUGAAUAUUUAUGAGUAAAAUGGUAAAAAUAUUUUCAUGAGGUGAAAGAUGGAAUUUUCCAAUCACGAGGUGACAGCCGAGUGGAAUGGAAAAUUCCAUCUUUCAGCGAAUGAAAAUAUUUUUACUAUUGCACGAAUGAAACAUUCAUUAUUUGUUUUGUGUGACACCAAAAUAGAUCAAUGUUAUAGAUGUUUUAUUGUCGGAAUUAAAUAUGAAACUAAUGCAUACUUCAGUUGCAUGUAGCUACAAUGUUUAAAAGUAAUAGAAAUCCAACAAAUAUAUGUUCCAGAAAUGUUUGAGUGAAGAGUUAAUGUGAUGACAUUUAUUUAACCCAACAUUAUCGUAAAAAAUAAUAUUUUUAGUGUAUCACUUGCGUGUCUGGAGGUAAGAUCACACGUGUUUAUGGCAUGAUUGACUGAUUGGGCACUCUUCGCAUGCGUGAAAAAACUGGGACUGGUCAAAUUUGGCUUCAAAUUUCCGGUUGGAGGUAGCGUUCCAGUUCUAUUCAGUUCAAUGGCUAAGAUUUUGACGUAUGGAAUUUACUGGAAACUAAACCAUUAUUGUUGUACUUUGUUGUACUCUACGAAAUUGGUCUACUCUACGUUUUGUUCCAGUGCACGGUUGGGCGUGCAAUGGAACGCGUUCCAUUGCACGCUUAGCAAAAUGGUAAUUUUUAUUCCAUAUCACGUGAUCAUAGUCAGCCAAUUAAAUGACCAGAAUUUAAUGGGUGUUGUUAUAUAGCUAGCGUAAACACCAAAUGUGAUUGGCUGAUUUGUGGUCACGUGACUUCAGAUAAAUGCAAUGUUUCUCGCCGGGAAACAAGUGAAAAAUUGUUGCCCGCCCCGACCGGCCACGUACAUAAAUAAACAAAAUGGCGGCACAACUACGAUAAUUAGAAACUACGAUUUUCCAAGUUUGUGUUCAAAUAAAGAAUGUAAAAGGGAAGAAAAAUACAGAACAGGAAACAGGAUAUGCUGCCGAAACCGUUUAAGUAGGUUCUUUAAUUUUAAACUCGUUUACUCUAUAGAGUUUUUGCCGCGAAAAACAAUUGUUGUAUAUGAAUGUUGUUGAAGUUGAUUUUUGUUCGUCGCUAUAUAACAAAACACUUAAUGUCUGUUCCCUCGGGAAAUAGUUAGUUUUGUUUUCCCUCGAAUCUCAAUGUUUCCCUCGACUUCGUCUCGGGAAACAUUGAGACUCUCGGGAAAACAAAACUAACUAUUUCCCUCGGGAGCAGACAUUAAGUGUAUAUUAUAUAAUAUGUCAUGGUAUGGUUAGAUAUGGUAGGGUAAAUGGCAUGGUAUGUUAUAUCAUAUGGUAUGGUUUGACUUGGUAUGAUAUUGCAUUGUAUUUAUUGCAUAUUAAUUUUUAUUAGCAUGUGUUAAUUCAAAGAAAAUGGAGUCUGCCACUCAAUUCAUCACCAAGGUAUGAAAGCUCUUCAACGUCAUGAUCAAAAUCACGAGGAAAGCAAUAUUUUUUAAUUUUUUUUUUAAUUGGAUAUCAUAUUGUAAAUUUGACAUUUCAGUGAGAGUACCACAUCCUUAGAUAAGCGGAUUUCAGCGGAUUCUUCGGAUACAGGAACGUUAAGGAAGGUAUAUUAUGUCGGGAAAUUCUAUAGUUUGCGAAGCGAUUCAAGAAUACCCGUUUAUUUUUCUAUCUUGUAAUCAUGAUAUGAUGAUACGAAAUGAUAUCAGUUACGUAUAAUUCCAACCUCGCAAGCCAGGCUCUCUACUUCUACUUAAAGAGCCUGGCUUGCGAGGUUGGUAAUAUAUAUGACAUGGUUUGGAAACCCUUUGUUUUAGGUGAUUGUGUACCUUGUGCAGGGUCACGGUUGAAAAAUCCUUUGUCUUUCUAUUGUUUGACAAUAGUCAGUUCAGAAAGCUUGGCGAAGGGAAUGGGUUCCAAGUAUUUGUUUUGCCUACCAGGGCUAUAUCUUACGACAUAUUUUGCAAAUAACGAAGUAUUACCACCAUUUUUCGAUGGAGAAUGUAUGUGUUACAUACUUACAUCGUUUGGUCAAUUCUCAUUGAUUAAAACCAAUAUGUGCAGGGUCAAACUGACUGUUCAACCUCCAUGUUUGCCGGGUUUCCUAACCAUGCAGGUCUUAUAACAACCAUGGUAUAAUUCUUAUAUAAGGACUUGUUAUUAUAAAAAGAAUGGAUAAGAUUGCUAAGAUAUAUGUUUCACUGACUGGACGAUAUGAGGUAAACUAAAUGCUUGACAUUAUUAUUACAAAGAUGUUUUAUAUAUAUAGUAUCAAUUCGUUGUGUCAAUGAAAAAUGUAACUUGAAAAGUUAUCAUUACAGAAUGGUUUUUAAAGAAAAUGAAUGCAAUAUAAGUUGCAGUAAAUUUGUAUCACCUUGUAUCACUGUUCCAGUUGAAAGAAAGUUAUUUUUCACAAGCAUGCAUGUAUGGUUUUUUAAAUUGAGGAAUAAAAUAUAGAUUACAGUAAAAUUGUAUAGCUGAAAACUAUAUUUGUAUCAUUAACCGAUUCGAAAACUAGCUACAACAAUUUUGCACUAUUUUAUAUUUUGUGCAUUGCCGAGCUAACAAACAUUUUUUCUCUCUGGUAUAUUUCACAUUUCUCGAACACAUUGUAUUAAAGUAUAUUCUAUAAGGAGGCAGUGAUUAUCUUGUUUGGAAUUAAUUUCGGGAGAAAAAAGAAAACAAUUUUUCGAUUCGGUCUAUAGUGUCAGAGGAAAAAUAAUAUAUAUACUCGUUCAUUUAUAAUAACAUGUCCUCAUAAUAAUAUAACAAUAGAGUUGAUGUUCGCGGGCAUAAAUAUGUUUUUCGUCCGACUCAUGCAGACUCAUUUUAGUCUGAGGGUAGCGAGCGUUAAAAUGAGUUCAGAGGAGGGGCAAUAACAUAUUUAUGCCCAAGAACAUCAACUGUAUUACUAUUAUAAUAAUUUUACAUACUAUUAUUUUUUUACAUAUUUUAUAUUUUAUUUUUUAUGUUAUUGUAUUACUAUUAUAAUAAUUUAACAUACAUACGUACUAAUUUUUGGUAAUUUGUAUUAUUAGCUUUCGCUAAAUUUGCAAUCGAGACUAUUUCCAACCCGCAAGCCAAUACCUUCAGGUUUCAACCCAGAAAUAGAUGGUAAUAGGCAGUCGACGUUGUCUGAAGUUGCGCUAAAAACAAGUUCAAGUCUUUUGUCAAUAUCUGAGUUAGAUGGAGUAAGCCAAUCUGUAUCAGUACCGGAUCUUCGUGCCAUGCAGGAUGAAACCAGGUAUAGUGACUACAGUAAAUCAUGUUAAUUCGAUAUAAUUCUUAAUUUACUAUUUACUCUAGAAGUACCCAAUAAAGCCCCCACUCUUAUUGGCCCAGAUAAAAGUUCGCUUUAUAUUGCAUAGUCAAGUUGAAUGCAAUCUUAUAAGUACGUGCCAGACGUACGGUGCGACUGUGGCGAAAUAAUUAUUUCAAACAACUCAGCACUACAGGAAUCGUGUACUAACCAAACUAACCAGGAAAAUAAAAAAAAAAUUACUCUUUGUUUAGGCCAAAGUUGCCGCAGAAAUUGCGAACUGGUAAACAAUGGAAUGAAGACAAUGGAUGUCCUGCAUCACCAGCUAGGGUAUCGAUUGGUUCGUCUGUAAGUGCGACAUCCCUAAAUGAAAUUGAUGAGUUGGAUGAACUAACACGUGCGUUAGAAGUUGUCGCUGCUCCAACACUCAAGAUUGAUCGACCUGCACUUGCUCGUACUCCUUCACCAGAGGCUAAGGUAUGAAUCAAAGAGCUUCCGAUUCACGAUCGAUCGUCAUAAAGGAUAAUGUGAAACCAAUACAAAAAAGAGAAGAAAAAGAGAGAGAAGGGGACCCGGGACUAGCAGGAGUUUUAUAAAUGUUCGCAGUAUUAUAUAGAGCUUUGAUUUUGUGCAACUAAGUCAAAGUCCUGAAACAAUGUUUUUGUUGCGUUUUAGGGCAAACCUGCAUUGGCUAACAACGUAUCGCCUAUGAUUCCACCAAAGAAGCGAUCAUCUCCGUUGAUAACGCCAAAGAAAAGACAAUCAAAUAUUUUCGAGUUAUCAUCCAGUGGUUCUUAUCGUGUAUCAACAAGUUUUUCAAAACUGCAAUCAAGAUCAAUGGAUGAUCUGGAUAAAAUUGGAGAUGGGUCUCCUAUCCAAAAAGAACAUGAAGGACAAAAUACGCACAGCGAGGAAACCCUGUCUGCAGGUAAAUCGUCGGAUGAGAAGAAAGUAAUGAGUCAAGACGGUAAUGAUAAUUUGAACAUUCCUGAUGAUGAACUUCCUCCUCCGUUAUUUCCUCGAAAAAGACGUUCUGAGGAUGUUUAUGAUACUAUAGUUGUACCUGCCAAUCUUGCUCAUCGACUUAAACCAUUUGCUAAUUCACGAUCAAAUACUUAUAAUACUGUCCUAGUCACACAAAGCGCGGUGUCGGGUCAUUCUCAGAAUGGACAAAAACUUGAGGGAAACUUAAAACAUCGUUAUGCUAACUUGGAUGGCGAAAUGCCUCCAUCACAACAGCUGCAAAGUCCUGUUCACCCCAGGUCUGGUGCCUAUGAAGAAGAUCCGUAUGAUGUUUUAGUUUCACCAAGUCGUAAUAACCAUGGAGAUGUUAAUAACAGUAACACAUUGGUUACUACAUCGAUGAAAACAAAUUACGCAGGCCGCAAUUCACCAAACAAUGCAAACAUAGGCUUGGAGGUAAAACACCCAGACUCAAAUAGUGCGUAUGAUACUGUUAUCUUACGUAAUUCAUCGCACGCUAACACAAAUGGAACUACUGUACGUUUAUAUUCACAAGAUAAUGCAUACAACGCUCCUAUCCUUAAAGACUACUCCGCUGAAUUGCAAGAUCAGGCAAACGGUGCAUCAACUCUGUAUGAACACCAUGUACCGAGACGGUUACCGGCCGCAGCACAUGGAAAUGUUGCGACUGUCGUGUCAAAUUUUGAGGAAUCACGAAAUACCUCGUUUGUUGUACCACCAACUCUCCCUCCCAAAGCAUCCAAAAAGGAUGAUCCAGUGUCGUCAAGACAGUCGGCAACAUUACCUUCAUUAAGGUCUUCGUCACCAGGUCUCAAUGAAAAUACUCAGAAAUACAGUCCUCCUGUAGCACCACGUAUUAAAAAACCUCCCAGAACUUUGCCAAAACCGCGUAACAAUAAUGUAGAUUAGCCUUAAAAUAAAUUGUUUAUUUGUACAGUAAUAAUAAGGAGUCAGAAAAUGACUUCACUCAAGUCACACAGUCUGUACGUUUUAUGAUCACGUUUUUAUAAAUUUUGUCAUAUUUAUUAUAGAGUCAGAUAACACUCUGAAAUCUCCUAACGUAUUUUUAUCGUAAUGAAAUUGGUAAUAACGUAGAAUAUACAAUGAUAAUUUACACCAAUAAAUACCUUUUUAACAAAACCAAUCUUACUGUAUAGUAUGUAAGAAUCUUAAGACAUGCAUGUUAUACACAUUCAUUACCCUAAACUAAGUAUAUCCGCGUGAUUACACAGUUUUUAACUACCUAAAAUGAUUUUUUAUUGAAUUUCCGAGACAAGGUGGUAAAGUGGUGGUGAAUGGUUUUGAUGGCUAUUUAUAUAAUUAUACCUUAUAAAUUUGUGUGUAAAUCCGAGUUUCCACUUGCCACAAUUAAUAAUGUAGAGCAUGGUUUCGUGAGUACUGGUAUGAAAUGAAUACACAGGUAAACUCUAUGACCAUUGGCGGCGGAAGACUAUAGUUAGUUUUGGGGGUAGCGUAACACUAGUCACUGAAUAAAGAAAUACCGAAUGGUUUUCCGUGCAGGAUUGCGUGAUCCAUGCACGAGGGAUGUUGCGAGACUUUCGGA